AUGGAAUCAAUCAACACCUUAAAAGGCUACGACAAAGUAACCGACCAAGAAAGCCAAAUCCCUUCCCCACUUCCCAAUCCACCACCUUCCCGUAAAACCCUCAUCACCGCCACCGUCUCCCUCCUCUUGAUCCUCACCAUCGUCGCCUUAACCACCGUAGCCUUCUUCACUCAUCGUCCUUCUCACUCCUCCAACUCACUCAAGACACUCUGCGCCGUGACUCGUUACCCAAAGACCUGCUUCAACACUUUAUCUUCUUCUUCGCUCGGUGAAAAAAAACUCGACCCUGAAUCAAUCCUCGAGCUCUCGCUUCAAGCAGCUGCCAAGAAGGUAUCGAACCUAACCUUGUCUUUCAGAUCGAUCAACGAUAUGCCUGAGGAAGCGGCUGUCGGUGACUGCGUGAAGCUGUACGCCGACGCGGUGAGUCAGCUCAACGAGUCGGUGGCGGAGAUAGAGAGGGAGAGGAAGAAGGGAGGAAGCAGAAACAGAUGCGAAUCGAAGACUAGAUCGGAAGAAUUUGAGAUGACGGCGGAGAAAAACGGUUACGGUUACGAUGAGACGGCGGAAGUGUCAGUUAGAGAACGAGCUCAUGUUGCUCUGAUACCAUAUGAUGCGGCUAUGAGUGACGGUGAGACUUGCGAGGAUGGGGUUGAGGAGAUGGGGACUGUUGUGGGUGAGGAGAUCAAGAGAGAGAUGGUGAUGGUGAGUGAGAUGAUGAGUGUUAGCUUGGGUAUUGUUAGUGAAAUGAAGAAGCUUCUCAUGGUUUUUCACUAA